AUGUUGGAGGAGCUCAUGUACCAGCACAUCUGCGACGUCUGUGACCAGGUGAGCAGCGAGAAGAUCGCGGAUGUCUUGAACCUAAUGAGGCUGGCGACUGAGUUCGAGAAGAUCCGCACGAUUAGCCCACGGGAGCUGGACAGGGGGCGAGCCACAGACAUGGUCUCUCGGGCCUUCGACAAGGUCAUCCGCCACUUGAAAGAUCAGAGCGAGUCCGUCGAGCGGCAAUUUGCGGAGGAGGCCAUCAGCUUCGCGGAGGCGAACCCUCGAGUAGAUCUCGGCCGCGAGACGGGGACCAAGGUGGAGGUCCAGUCCAUCAGCAACAUGGGUGAAGUGCUGAAGAGCGACUUCUGGGAGCUCUUGAAGUUGGUGAACAGCGGCAAGGAGACCAAGGAGGAGAAGGACGGCGACGAGGAGACGGCAAAGGCGGUCAACGACUUGAUCAAAGUGCCGGAGCUAGAGGAGCUUCUGACCCAGGAGAUCGCCGCCAGGUUGAAGUGGGCGGCGGCUGCUUGUGACUCUGGCGAGGAUUCCGUCACUGACAAGCUGAAGACCUCGGAUGCGGUCAGGUAUGCCCUCUUCGUGCUGGCUGGAUUGAUCUCCAUCUCCAAGAAGCGCACGAGCGCAGAGGAGUCCGACGAUGAAGAGAGGCCGGAAGCUGCCGCGAGUUUGGCCGCCACGGCGCUAGAGACGUCCGGCGAGGACUUGGAGAAGGUUGCCGCUUGGUACUGCAAAGAGCUGCAGCUUCCGGAAGCCUGGAAUGUCAUCGGCCUCCUCCGAGAAGGUCUUUCGGGGGGGGGCCUGACGGACAUCCUUUUCUCCGGCGGAGACCUAGUUAUCAAGAAAGAGGUGCCCAAGGACCACGUUUGGUUCCAGUGGGCCGAAGGCCUUUUCGAGGCAACGUUCCUCCACAUCUACACCCGGGACCGUCACGGCGAGAAUGUUCCUGAAGCCUUGCGUGUCAAAGACAUGCAGCAGGUUUUCAAUUGCGGCAGCUGGGGAGAGUACGCACGGCGGCGACAGAGCGUGCAGGAGGACCUUUUCAACAAAGGUGCAGCAUGGCUGGAGGAGUUGAAGACAGACCCUUGUACAAAAGGUGAAACCCCGACCUGGCAUUUGUCUGGGGUGAAGUCAGUCGCCAAUGAGCACUGGCUUUACCACGGCACUUCUCUGGCUGGGGAGGAAGGGAUCACGGAAGGAGACUUCCGGCUAAAUCUGGCUGGGAGCAACGCCGGGACGCUUUACGGGAAUGGUGUCUACCUCGCAGAGGCUGUGUCGAAAAGCGACGAGUACACCACACCGCACAGCGACGGUCUUCGCAGCAUCCUCAUCUGCCUCAGCACUUUGGGGCGAGUGAAUUACAACGAUCAGAAACGCCCUGAUGGUGAUGAGCUUGCCGACUCCUGCAAAGAAGGUGGCUUCCACAGCAUCCUGGGAGACCGGGAGAAAAUCCGUGGAACGUACCGUGAGAUCGUGGUUUUCAAUGAGAACCAAGUUUAUCCUGCAUACAUCUGCCGCUAUGAACGAGUUCUGAAGAAAGAAUAG